GGCGGAGGGAGGCUGCGUCACCUGACCAAGACUGUGGAAGAGGCAAUGGCGGCGCCCAUGCUCCGCUUGUGCUGUCCUGGAAGGCGUUGGGCUUUAGCCUGCAUUGACGGUUGUUCUCGCCACAGAAGAGGGGCUCCGAAUGGGUGCACGUCCAGCAGGAGAAGGGGACAGAGCUCAGUGGCUCAGCAGCCCUUCAUCACGGCCCAGAAGCCGAGGAAAGGUGAACACGAGUGGGCAGCUGUGGUAGGUUUGGAAAUUCAUGCCCAGAUUUCCUCCAAGUCUAAACUCUUCUCUGGAUCUCAAGUCCAUUUUGCAGCACCUCCAAAUUCUUUGGUAUCUUUUUUUGAUGCAUCUCUGCCUGGAACUUUGCCGGUUCUCAACAGGAGGUGCGUAGAAGCGGCGGUGAUGACAGGCCUGGCGCUGAACUGCCGCAUAAACAAGAAGUCCUUGUUUGACAGGAAGCACUACUUCUAUGCAGACCUCCCUGCAGGCUACCAAAUUACCCAGCAAAGGCUCCCAAUCGCUGUGAAUGGGAGCCUGGUGUACAGCUUCUGUGCAGGCAAGAACCGGAGUCAGGUGAUCAACAAGACAGCGAGGGUCAAGCAGAUCCAGCUGGAGCAAGACAGUGGCAAAAGCCUCCACGAUGACCUGCGCUCUCAGACGCUCAUUGAUUUGAACAGGGCGGGAGUUGGCCUGCUGGAAGUGGUCCUGGAGCCCGAUAUGUCCUGUGGAGAAGAGGCGGCAACAGCAGUCAGGGAGCUGCAGCUGAUACUUCAAGCCCUGGGGACCAGCCAGGCAAAUAUGGCAGAGGGCCAGUUGAGAGUGGAUGCCAAUAUAUCUGUGCAUCAUCCUGGAGAGCCUUUGGGCGUUCGAACUGAAGUGAAGAAUCUCAACAGUGCCAGGUUCUUGGCCAAAGCAAUAGACUAUGAAAUUCAGAGACAAAUCAAUGAACUUGAGAAUGGAGGUGAAAUUCUAAAUGAAACUCGCUCAUUUGAUUCCAAGCUGGGGUGCACCAUACCGAUGAGAGACAAAGAAGGAAAACAAGACUACAGGUUUAUGCCCGAACCCAACCUCCCUCCCCUGCUGCUCUACGACACUGAGUCUCUGCCCGCCGGCGCAGACCCGCAGCAAGUGAUCGAUAUUGACCGGAUUCGGGAGCAGCUGCCCGAGCUCCCCAGCGUGACCCGGGAAAAGCUUGUCCAACAGUAUGGGAUGCUGCCGGAACACAGCUUCACCUUACUGAAUGAAGUUGGCCUACUGGAGUUCUUCCAAAAUGUGAUGAAAGAAACUAGGGCAGAGCCAAAAAAAGUGACUAGUUGGGUCCUCAACACUCUUCUGGGUUUUUUAAAGCAACAGAACCUUGCUGUCAGUGAGAGUCCUGUCACCCCUUCUGCACUGGCCGAGCUGCUCAACCUGCUGGACAGGAAAGCAAUUUCUUCAUCAGCAGCUAAACAGGUGUUCGAGGAACUGUGGAGGAAUGAAGGGAAGACCCCAGCACAGAUUGUUUCAGAAAAGAAGCUGGAACUGAUGCAGGAUCAAGAGGCACUGGAACAGCUCUGCCACGCCGUGAUGGAGGGACAUCCUCAAGUGGUAAUGGAUGUGAAGAAGGGAAACCCCAGAGCUAUAAAUAAACUGAUUGGGUUGGUCCGAAAAGCGACUCUCAGCCGAGCAGACCCGACCGUGAUAAAGGAGAUACUGGAGAAGAAGCUGGCCUCGUGACAUGUUUCGGGUCCCUCUGCCUGAGGGGGCCAGUGCAGCCAUGGCCAAGAACCGAGCCUGGGAAACCUGACCGCUGUGUGCUUGAGGUGCUGCAUCUCCCAGUCCCUGGCCCGGGCAGAGCCGGGUGCCCCAACCGAGCCUGUGCCUUGGGAUGCCCCGUCCACAGAAGACCAGCAGCCUGGCCCCUGUUUGCAUCACUGACAUCAAAAUGGUUCCAUGACAGCUGCAACAGCUAGCGGUUAAGAAAUAGCACAUUCUCGUGAAUUAAAGGAGACCUACUGUUACCAUUCUAAGAACACUUUUCAUUCUGCAGUUCCUUCCGCAGAUAUUGCUGAGCAUGUCCUAAGGGCUGGGCGUUGUUCUAGGUGCUGAGGAUCAGCAGUGAUCAAGAGAGACGUAAUCUGGAUGCAGUAUUUCAGACCUGAAAAUAGGUUAAGGAAGAUGAAAACACAACAGAAUGAAUUAAUUGACACAGCUAAAGACAGACUGUUGAGGGCAGUCUCCGGAGGGUGGGGAGGGAGGAGCUUAUUAGUCUGAGGUAUUAGCAGCAUUCACCCAUCCAUGGAGUGAAAGUCCUGUUGCCCAUUCGACUCCCUAGGGAUCCCAGAAGGCAGAAAUCUGAGAGACUUUUUUUUUUUGUAAAAAAGACCACAGAAGUUUUCAAAUAAAUUUAAUGAAUAAAAUAUAUACUGAAAUAUCACAUAAAAAUUAACUUACACUUCAAAGAUUGUGCAGUUGACAACUCCCCCUUACCCUCAGGCCAAAAAAGAUAAAAAGAAAAAAAAAGCUGUAACAUUAAAUUGAUUUGUCUUGCCUGGAAAGAAUAAGAUUAUAAACUAGUAAGUCAGAAUCUUGACCUUUAACGGUAAUGGUGGUGCAGUUGACGGUAUCUCCAUGAAGGCUGCGCUGCCUUCAUCCCGUUCUCAUGACAAUAAUACUCUACUCUGUCUGUGUAACGCACUGGGGCACCCCCUUGUUCAUGUUAUGCCUCUGUUGCCUCUGACUCACAAAGCUCGAAGGCCAGUUUUGCAAAUGCUGUUUUUCAAAAGCACAUGUUAAAUAAACUGUGACAUAAGUAAGAGAACAAAAUCGUUGGAGGCCCUGAUUGUACACUGGAUUCGCUAGCCUCCUGAGAAGAGUACAGGCAUUUCCGUCGUGCAUGGUGCCCCAGUGGCAGCUGGGGAGCUGGAGAAAAGGGGACCUUCCCCACUUUUCCCCACCAGCAACUUAGCAAUGAACGGUUCCUGAGUUGCAGACAAUGCUCAGGACUUCCAUAUCUAGGAGUGAGGAAAGAAGCGUCCCUCUUACCCAACCAAAAAAGCAGGAGCAAAAAGGAAACCAGUUGUGCGGUUUAUUUUAGACAAGCAUGAAGAGGUAAGGAUUAAACGAAAUUAUCUUUUUUUUAAAAUUUGAGACUUAGAAUUAUAAGAGAAUAUGUUACAUUUCCCAGGAAGCCAGGUGCCCCUCACGCAUUCUGUUGCAAUACUGAAAACUAGUGGGCCUGAAAGUAAAGUAUUUUCAUUUAACCUCUUUUCGAGAGAAAGACCGAGUCAGUUCUCACUCCACAAGUCUCUGAAUUACAAACGGGCAGAGGUGGUCUGAGACUGGAAUCUGGCAGGAUCAUUACCUUGUAAGAAAUAAUGAGGUUCAGUUUUGUUUUACAAACUCUAUUUUCACCAAAGGUCUGGCUUCUUUGUCAUCAAACUUUACCAAAAGUACUUGAGGAUCUUUCCAGACCAUUUUAAAUCAAGAGCUUACUUAAAGGGGGAUUGUGGGGAGCAGCCAGAUGAAGACAGUUUACCAAAACUAUUAUGUCAAGUGUGAACUGUAUUACAGAUUGAUCAUUUCCAGAGAAAAAUGCCAUCAUUAAAACACUUGACCUUUACAAUGUUAAUUGUCCAGCUCUCACAGUUGCCUGUGGUCUUGAAUGCCCACUUGUGAAAUCCUGAAAAUCGGAUUGUUAUGUUGUUAUAACUGCUAAUAGGAAAAAAGAAAAAAAAAAAAUCAAAGCACAGCUCAGAUAUCUUACUUGGAACCUGACUAGAUAUCGGAAAGAUAUGUUUAUAUAACAGCCUAAGAAAUUCAGAGAGUAUGGCUCUGCUCGGAAACGGGCCUCAAUGAAACCAAGUUUUAAAUACACGUUUGCAUGAGUGUGAA